UCCAUGGCGACAUGGUACGGUGCUCAGAAUUACUGCAGACUGCAUCACACAGACCUGGCCAGUGCUCGAAACCAAAGUGAACUGUCAACCAUACAGGCAAAGAGCACCACUCAGUUAGUUUGGAUUGGUCUGUACAGAGACGGAUGGAUAUGGCUAGAUGGGAAAAACUUCUCCACAUUUCCAUGGAUGCCUGGAAAACCUGCUUCUGGCUUUAGUGAAAACUGUGGUUAUUUAAAUAAUUCUCAAGCUGCUAGUGGACAAUGUUCAAAUAUCUUACCUUCCGUCUGCUAUUCAACAAUUACAGGAAUGGAACAAAUUCUCAAACUGAAGCUCACGUCCAGUCAGAAUCUGAAUGAUCCUGCAGUACAAACGGCCAUUUUAGAGAAGAUCAGAGAGAAGCUGAUGGAUCAUGGGAUGUCUGAGAGCACCACAGUAAAAUGGAGGGUUCAACCGGAUGGUCUGGUGUUUCACAAAGAAAAAAGGAACUAAUCCUGUUUUUUUGGAAAUAAGAGAUGGUAAACGUCUGCAAAGUUUAUGCAUAGAUGGCAAACGAUUAGACACCAGGCAUGAGACAAGCAAAUCAAUUAAUUGAGGUUGAAUGAUUUUCCACAUGGGAACAUUAUGCAGGACAUCAGUAGUUAUGUUGAGGUAGAAGGAAGCAGCCGAUGUAAUACAUUGUGUAGGAGUGAGAGUAGAGUAAGAGUAGUGCAGGGCAGGUAAUUCUGGUACUUCUUUUUUAAUUGAGAAAGUAGAUUAGAUUAGAUCUGAUUCAAUAUGAAUAGAAUUGCAUUAACAAUUUUAACAAUAAAUAGCAAUGUAUUGGAUGUAUUGUCACAAUGGUAUAUAUGGAAAAUGAAAAUAAAGUAAAUAUUUACAAUGCAAAACAGUGACGUUGAAUAAAUCUUGGGGUUGAGCUGGUCGACUGUUUAUGUUUGGUUCUUACAAAUUCCUUUGUCUGUUCAGUGUCUAUAGAAUAUAUACGAUGUUAGGAUGUAAGGUAUACAGGGAGUCUUUAUCUGGGCUCACACAUCUCUGGCUAGUAUAUCUUCUUAUCCAAACAGAAAACA